UUGACAACAACAAUACAAUAUGGCGACGAUGGUCAGAUUGCUGCGGCAGACUGACCAAAUCGUUGAAGAUUCGUACGAAAGGAAAAAUGAGGCUGAACUGCAGAGACAGAGAGAAUAUUUAGCAUCUGUAAAAAUUCAGGCCAAUUUUAGAGGAUCUCAAGUACGAUCAUACUUCACACACUUAAAUAACUGUGCUACAGUAUUACAAAAGAGUUGGAGAGGCUAUGUUGGAAGACAGUCUUUCAGAGUUAUUGUGAAGAAUAGUGUGUUGAUUAUGAAACUGAACCAUUUCAAUGCUAUGGCAACUCAGGUACAAAAGAUAUGGCGAGGAUAUUAUGUUAGGAAAUAUGUGUACAACUAUUACAGUCAAAAGAGAUAUUUGGAAGCACUUAUAGUCAAGAAUGCUAUCGUUAGGAGCGAACUAGAAGACUAUACAGAACAACAAGAAAACUUGAGAAGAAGACAAAAAGAACAUGAAGAAAGAAAAACAAAUGAAUUUUUGGCUCGUAAAAAUCAUCAUCUCAUCAGUACAGAAGUUAUUCCAGGAAUCUAUAAUUCACCAUUUAACCCUUAUCCAUCAGAGCAAGAAUUUUUAUUGAGGAGUGUACCACCACUUAAACAUGAGAAGACAAAGAAAAUAGGAAAUACAUAUGAUCCUACAUGUAGAAGCUAUGAAUGUCCAAAACCUAAACAGUUGCCACCUAUAGUUGUGAAACCACAGGGUCCAUUCAGAGAUCCAACAGAAGUGCAGAAACAGAGGUACAAAGGAUUCCAGCCAACAUUACGUGUAGCUACAUCCUUUACAUCACUAGAAGAAGCCAGACAAAUCUUGAAAGCAGAGGAAUGGGUCACAAGACUUAAUGAUGAUAUAUUUCAACCAUUUAAAAGAAGAGAUCGUAAAUAUGAGCCAUUGUUACACACAACUUCCAAAUUUGGUCAUUUACCAUUUGGAACAAAAUAUUACAGAGAAGAAUUUCUUGACAAACAUAUUACACCUAAGCAUUUUUAUAUGAUGCAAGAUCCAGAAAUAAUAGAAUGACCUUUCAAAACCUUGGUCCCACCCAUCCCUAUGUUUGAUAAAUUGAAUGACACAUACUCACAAGGACAAGUGUGAUUACCAUAAAAAUGGAGAAAAAACUGACAAUUUGUGAUGGUUCAAGGAUAGAGACCUAAGGAAAAAUACAUCCUUCAUUUUAUAAUGAUAUGUUGGAAUUUUAUAAGUACAUCUAAACUAAUAAUGUGUUUAUGAACUGUGAUGUUAUGUUUACAUUUACUUAUACAAGAAAGUUUUAAAAAUCAUGAAUUCUUGUAACCAGUUGUGCUUUGUUGUUUGUUUAUACAUGAAAAAAUAAUGGAAACUAGUUUGAAUUACUGAUUUUUAAACAAAUUUUCAAUUUGAUAAUUUGAAAAAUGGAUUGCCCUUGAGGUACAAGAAUUAAAGUUUUCAGAACUGUUCUUAUAAUAAUGUAACAAAAGACUACUGCACUUCUCUUUAUUAAAGAUUAUGUCCUUUGAUUUAAUUAGUUAUUCAUAGUUCCUUAGUUUUAACUAGCAUGCAUGAAAUUUUUCAGGCAUUUACUGGAUUUCCAGAUUUUGUCCCUACAUAUUCCUAAUCAGUUUACAAAAUACCAGUACUAGUGUUUUUGCACCUGCUGUUCUUUCACCCAUGAACUAGAUAUUGGUAUACCUCCUUUUAUUUUAAUUAACUUUAUUGAGAAUGUGCAGAUUUUGGGAACAUUUAAAAGGAGGAAGAGAAUUAUUUUAAUCUACUUAGGGAAGACACAAAUGAUUUUAUAUUCAUUGAAUUGUUACUUGAGACAAAACUUCUAUCCAAUGGAAAGGAGAAAAACAUGGAUGUAACAAUCCAAUUAAAGCAAAGUCUUGCACCUCAAAUUUAUGAACUAAAGAAAAUAUAUGGAUUUCAGUUUUAUCUGUGAUGUUUACAAGUUAUAUUUCAAUUCAGUACUUGCUAGAUUACAAAUUACCAAACACGAUUAUAAUCUUAUUUGUAUUUCUUCUAUGAUAUUGAUGUUACUAAGUAGCAAUUGAGGAAUAAAAGGUGAAUGGAUCAGAAGAAUGAGCAGGGACAGAAAAGGUGUUGUAGGAGAUAUUCUCUUAUAUGGUUGAGACAUAGAAGACUUAAUAAAUAUUUUGCUUUGGCUUAAAAAUACAAUAAAAAAAAUGUGUUCUAACAAACCAGAAAAAAUUUACUUCUAUUUUUUUACCAGAUAUCUUUUACGAAAGCUGUAUAAUUUAUCUUUUCCCUUAUUAUAUAAGAAAUAAUCAUUAAAGAUUUUGGAAAUAAUUUUAUUUUUGUUUACAUAAACAUGUAGAUUGUGACAAAGAAACGUCAUGUUUAAAAUAUAAAAAAAUGACAAAAAACUUAUGAAAGCAAAAGGUGUCUUAGCUAAUAUCUAAUAUCUAAUCUUGUUUGUUAUUUAUUGUGAUAUUUUACAAGUUGAACAAAAUAUAAUAUUGUGAUAAUUCUGUAUAUUAUUUUAUUUAAUAGAAUCUUAAUUUGUUGAAGUACAUAUUGAUAAAAAAAAUGAUGUUU